GGGAUACUGCAGCAGGCACCGGCUGUUUCCUUGGGUUGGCUAGGGAUGGAUGCCUUGCAGUUUUGUGGGGAGAGCCAGGCAGGGGCUAGAGGUUGGGCAAGAGGGGCAUCAUCAUCCUGAGCUUUGGGCUUUUCUCCUUGAUCUGAAUUUGGGGAAGGAACUGAGCUGAGGUUCAGAGUGCCUUGGGCAUCUCCAGCUAUAUUUUCCUGUGUAUUGCAGAGGAAGGGUUGCGCUGGCUGGUCCUGCUCUGAACAAGAACUGUUAGGGUUUAAAAACUCUUUGACAAGGGAUUUUUUCCUUCGAUGAUCCAUUUGGAGAGAAACCCCUCACAGGUUUAAGAAGGGAAAAGAGAUAUUUCCAUCCCAUAUACAUACAGACACCCUAACUCCAGUUUAGUGCCAUUUGACCUCGUGACCUCCCCACCAUCUUCAUGACAUGUGAACAGAAGGAUGGUACCAGUCAGAAUAAAACCAGAUGAGGAGACAACCUCACAAUGGAAGAGCCAACCCCAAUGCCUGUGCAAGUCGAUGUGGACAAAGGAUUGACUUUGGCCUGUUUUGUCUUCCUUUGCCUCUUCCUCAUCGUGAUGAUUAUUCGCUGUGCCAAAGUCAUCGUGGACCCCUAUAGUGCCAUCCCCACAUCUACCUGGGAAGAGCAGCAUCUGGAUGACUAAAAGCACCUGGUCUCCUUCAGGGAGGCUGGAUGAAAAUCACUACCCAAGAUCUCCUCUUUCCAAAAAAGCCAUGGGAGAGCCCCAACUCUUUACUCACCUUUACCAAGUGAUAGCUCUUUGAGGACACAAAAUAACACAAACCUUUGCAAGUAGCAACUUACAAGAUGGCGAGUUGUGAAUCGGACCAAGCGUGGAAGCAAAAAUCGUCACUUUUUUAAAAAUUUAUUUUAUUUUCCAUGUACCUCCUGGCCAGUGGGUAAAACAGCAUUUAUUGGACUGGUAAACAUUUUGUACUUGUUUGCAAUGCUGUAUUAAGAGAUCUUAUGAAUCAUUUUGUUGGUAGACCCAAGUACUCUCUGGUUAUUGUUACACAUGGGGUGAUCUAUUUCUCUCAGAGCUGGAGUGUAGGGAAGUAGAACCCUUCGUCACUAUUUGAGGUUACCCUGUAUCUUUUAGGAUCUGGCUGCUAGACACUGCCCCUGGGAACCUGCUUCUUUCUCUCAGAGUUUUGGGGUGAGGACUCGGUCUCUCUGUGAAAAUAGACAGGAAAUAUCACAACUGAAUGGGAUGUGGGCUUUCUUCAGGCUGCAACUUCAGACCUUUAGAGGGAGAGUAAUCUAUCAAAAGAAGUAUAAGGCUGGGGUACCAUCUUGGCUCUGCCACUGAUUGAUUUUGUGACCUGGGGCAAGUCGCUUCAGUUUCUGGUGCCCCAGUUUCCUCAUCUGUAAAAUGGGGACAAUAAACUUUAAGCUUUCUCACCUCAUUAGGAUUUGAGGAUAAAAUUCAAUCUUAAGUAUGAAAAGGCUUUAGAAUUAAAUGCAAUACAGCAGAAGAGAUCUGCCAUUGGCCAUUGCUGUGCUCAGGUUCCCCUCCACUAGAAUAGACUACCAUCCCCACCUGUACACAUAUAGGGGUGGCCGGGAGGUUGGGCUGAUUGGAGGGCCAGUGUUUGUCAGGAGACUCCCCUCCCCCUAGUACCAAGAGCUCAGAGCUUUCUUCUAAUACCCGAUUGACACAGCUUCCUACAGAACCUUAUGGAGUUUGAGUACUCCUCCCAAAUUUUAAGUUGGAAGGGACCUCAGAGGUUAUCAAGUUCAAACUUCUCAUUUUACAGAUGAAGAAACUGAGGCACAGAGAGGUUAAAUGACUUGCCCACAGUCACACAGCUAGUUAAGUGUCUAUGGCCACAGACCAUUUGUAGGAGCCCACCUGUGGUUCAGCAGGUAUAUUCACAACCACUUCUUCUGGGCCCUGGACCUAUUAGUGCAUUAUAGCUAUCAAGUUAUCCAUGGUAUUAACAACAUUGUUCUUUUUAUUUUGUUUUUUGUUUUGUUUUUGCAGGGCAAUGAGGGUUAAGUGACUUGCCCAGGGUCACACAGCUAGUAAGUGUCAAGUGUCUGAGGCUGGCUUUGAACUCAGGUCCUCCUGAAUCCAGGGCCAGUGCUUUAUCCACUGCACCACCUAGCUGCCCCUGUUCUUUUUAUUUUGGAGCAAGCCAAAAAAAACCCCAUAACUAUUCUGAGUGCUCUUUCUUUAACCAGGAAGAGCCACAGAUUUAUUCCCUCGGUGAUCUAGGAUCCCUUGGUCAUUUAUCACCUAUACCUUUAGAGAUGGUCUGAAGCAGGAGAUCAUGACAUCAUAGGCUCAUAGCUUCUCACCUGCUUAAAAAGGUGAAUUCUAGCCACCCUAGCUUUUACAAGCCAAUCUGGGGAUCUGGGUUCAAGGGGGAAGCAGCCUCCCAGAGCACCAUCACCACCUGGUAACAGGCGGCAAUAGCUGACCAGGCACACCAGCUGCAUACACAGUGGUUCUAGGGCACACAUCUGACCGUUCACCCACUCAUAUGGGAAGCACAAACAAACAGAAGGCAUUUGACCAAGCUGCGAAGUUCCCAGGGAAUGUUCCAGAUCUGAAGUUCCAUGUAAGAAAGGAGAAGGUCCCCAAGGGGGAGGCCUUCCCCUCUGCUACUGGAUAAACACUUUUAUUUAGCCAACGCAGCAGCCUUCAAGUUUGCAGUCUACCUCGGAGAAAUAAAGCACUUUCUAAGGAAAAAAGGCCCAUUUUUGUGAAUUUGUUUUGCAAAUAAAUAUCUUUUCAUGAUUAGAGGAGAGAGGAGAACAGAGGAGAGAAGAGCCCUUGGGGUUCAUCUGCUCAUGCAGUUCUGCCUGAUCUAAGAUGAGUUUCCCCUGCAGCCUAACUGGGCUCCAUUUGGGGAGCUUUGGAGAGAGAUGGAAGCUGGAAAUUGAGUAUUAAAUCCUAGCCCUGUGUGCUCCAGGAAAGAGGAAACGCCUGCCAAGUUCUCUGUUGGGUAGGUAGCCUUUCUGCUGGGGAAGGCUGGCUUAAUUAUUCUCUUCUUUUCUUGAUCUUGUGCCAUGAUGAUCUGUAUGCAAAAGUGCAGUAAAUAAAGCAGAAAAGAAAGGCAAACUCAGGUGGGGAUUCUGAGGCCUGCCUCAUUUCUCCUCGUUGGGUGAUAGACAACUGGGGCUCCCAUCCCUCCAGUUAAAAGUUGUGGAUAAUUCCACUGGCCAAAUAUUUCACAGAACCAAUAGGUUUGUCAAUAACGUUGCAGUGCCCAGAGAUCUUUUGAAGAAAGGAGAAGGCGUAUUCCCCUUCAUUUUAUCUUGAGACUACAGCAUAGACAUCAGAGGCAGAAAUCUGGGUUCACAUGCUAGCUCCCUCAAUAGUAUGCUGUGUGACUGAGAGUGACUUGCCUAAUUUCACUGUGCCCGAGUUAAAAAAAAAGUUCUGCCCUCUACCUACCUCACAUGCCAUUGUGGGGAUUAAUGAAAUAGCACCAAGAAUUCAGUGAAAGAAGCCCUAUGAAGACAGUCUAAUUCCUAACAAUCUACUAUGAAUAUUGAAAAAAAAAGAAGAGAACCUACCAGUGGGGUGUAUUUAAGCAUUUCCCAUGGGAACAAAGUGAGUUUCAGUACAACUUCUAUGCUAGGACCAUGAAGGAGCAGAGCCAUAGGCAUAAACAUCUUCCUGUAGGUGAACAGGCAACUGACAACAGGUGAGGUUUUAGGACCAGAAGCUUACAACUCCCCCACCUGCUGGCCAUUGUCUGAAAUUCUACAAUUACAGCUUGAAUUCCUUUAGAUUAAGGCUUUGAGCCCUGAAAUUGUGCCAAUUCCCCAGGCCAGUCUCAUUAUGAUAUCCCGGUGUGGACAUUAUAUGAGGAGGGAAAAGAAGAGCUAGAGAUGUCCAGGAGAGUAUUUGGAGCCUGAGGAGGGUUGGGGAGAAGAUCUCCCAAAAUGGGAGGGAGGAAGUAGAAUAGGCUGGCUAGAAACUCUAAAGAUGAGCAGAGAGUUUAGAAUUUCACUUCCCAGCUAGAGUGCUGGAGAACUCACCAAAAGGGAGUUUCUCUUACAGAGCAAAGUAUCCCUGUGGGUAUAGUAAACUGGAGGGGAGCAGAAUUCUGCUGGGAGGCCCAACAUUUAAAUAUUUAACAUUUAAACUGAAUUGCUACAAAAUACUUCCUUAUUUUAAAGACAGAAUGAACCUCCCUCCUUCCUGAAGAUUAUGGCCCACAUAAGCAAAUAUUUUCACUGAUGAAAAAAAAAGUCGACAUUUUGCAAAUUCAUUCUCUUGCCUCUACCUUCCCUACAGACUUUUCUCACAUUAAACUUUUUCCUAAUGGGGAAGGCAUCGAUGUUCAAACAGAGAAACCUGUUUUACCUUGAGUUAUCCUAACCCGUCUUCCUCCAGCAUCUCCUUUCUCAAGUCCACCAAAGUAUAUAGGUUACUUCUGUAAUGACAGGAAAACUAAGAAGGCAAAUAAAAAUUCUCCCUUCCCUACUUCUGAUGUUUGACCAUGAUGCUCGUCUACCCAUAGCCGAGAGAGAUGUUAAUUUUCUAUGAAUCAAUGGACCGCUGACCUACCUCACAGGGUUGUUGUGGGGAAAGCACUUUGUAAACCUUGAAACGUGAUACAAAUGUGAGCUGUUGUUUUUUGCUGUUCUUUUUCAGCGCAUGUAGCAAGUGCCUCUGCUGAGUCAUCAUUUUGGUUUUCAACAGUUAUUCUACCCUGGAGAGAGAUGCAUUCUGAAUAACAUUUAAAUGAAUAGCAGAUGUAUAUCUGAUAAUAAAGUUAAUCACUUCA